UCUAGCGCAGCAUCAAAACCCCUUAAUCAUAUUGCAAAUUCAGAUCAAUCUUAUCAAAUUUCCCCCCUAACAAUUUUCUCCCCGAGUUCCGAAAUCUUGGUGAAGGGGAAAGAGGGAAAUAGAGAUAUUGGCGCGUAAAUCUCAAUGCCGAUGUGGAGCUCGGUGGCCAAUUUGAAAGAAAGCCUGAGUAAAAUCGCACUGGAUGUCCACGAUGACGACGACGAUGAAGAGCUGUCUAUGUACACUUCUCCGCCGCGCGAUCAAUCCGACAACGCUAGUUCAGGUUCGGAGCGGAGAGUUUCGCGUAAUUCCAGUGCACCGACGCAUUCGCCAAUCAUCAAUGGAUUUGAUUCCCCGCCUAACCACGAGAUCGAGCUGUACAAAACAAAAAUUAAGAAGCUUCAGGAAUCUGAGUCUGAAAUAAAGGCUCUAUCAGUUAAUUAUGCGGCUUUAUUAAAGGAAAAGGAGGAUCAGAUUUUGAGAUUGACUGAAGAAAAUGGCUCACUAAAGCAGAAUCUCCUUAGUACAAAUGCUGCUCAUGGUGCACCUAAAACUAUUCUUAAGGGUAAUGGUGAUAUGUCUCUCAGUCGCUUUAGUAAAUCUGCAACAAAAAACCGUGGUGCUGGAAGCACACUGUCUAAUGGUGUUGUGACAAAGCAUGAUGGAUUAAGCAAUGGGACUUCAACCAGUUCACGGGAACUCUCAGAUGCAAUGGAAGAAAAAAUUAGAUCCUUCACUAUGAUGCAAGCUACUCAUGAAUCUCAAAUGAAACAAAUGAUGGUUGAACUUGAUAAAGAACGUCGCAAGCUGGAAAGUGUCCAGCUAAGUUUACAAGAGGAGCAGAGGUUGAACGGAUCAUUUCAGCAUGACUUGAGCUCAUUAAAAGAUGAAAAAUAUAAAAUGUUGAAAAAGAUAAACAGAACACAAGACGAGUUAAAUCAGAAGAUAUCAGAGAUAGGAAGGUUGCAAAUGGAGUUACAGAGAAGUGAUAGAAGAGAACCAUACAACAAUUUGGAGAAGUUGAAAAAUAUAAUUGCUUCUUUGGAGGAAGAAAACAGAAAUAUUAAGAAAGAAAAAGAAGAAUGUGAGGCUGCGUUAAAUGCAAAUCAUUCUUCUCCAGUUCGCGGCGACAAACCUGGUGGCCUGCAUCUUUCAAAUAUACAUUCAAGUAGCAUGAAUGAGGGAUUGCUAGAGAAGGAGGAAAUGCAGAAGUCUUUGCAUAAACUAGAAAAUGACCUUAAGCAAGCAUGCAUGCAAAAGGACAAAGCCUUGCAAGAAUUAAAUCGUCUUAAGCAACAUUUGUUGGACAAGGAAUCUGAAGAAUCAGAGAAAAUGGAUGAGGACAGUAAGAUUAUUGAGGAACUGCGAGGAAUCAUUGACCAACAAAAGGUUCAAAUAUCACAUUUGGAGAAUGCUCUUAAGCAGGCAAUCUCAAGACAAGAAGAAGUAAAAAUGUCCAAUAAUAGUGAACACGCGAAGGCUAAAGAAGUUAUAGAUGAUCUUAAAAGAAAAUUGAGUAACUGUUACAGCACAAUAGAUGCCAAGAAUAUGGAAGUUCUUAAUCUGCAAACUGCUCUUGGUCAGUAUUAUGCUGAAAUUGAGGCUAAGGAACGUCUUGCCAAAGAGUUGUCAGUCACAAAAGAGGAAUCAGCUAGGCUUAUCAAGCAGUUACAGGAAGCACACCAACUAGCAGAAGCAUCAAAGAGGGCAGAGAAGGAACUAUUGGGAAAGCUUUCACAAGCUGAUAUUGUGGUUGCGGAAGGAAAGAACAGAGUUAAGAAGCUUGAGGAAGAUAAUGAAAAACUCCGUAGAGCACUUGAGCAAAGCAUGACAAGAUUAAACAGGAUGUCUGUGGACUCUGAUUUUCUUGUUGACAGGCGCAUUGUGAUCAAAUUACUAGUGACAUACUUCCAGAGAAACCACAGUAAAGAGGUUCUCGAUCUAAUGUGUCGUAUGCUGGGAUUUUCUGAUGAAGAAAAACAAAGAAUUGGUGUUGCUCAGCUAGGGCCUGGCAAAGGUGUAGUUCGAGGUGUAUUAGGCCUUCCAGGUCGGCUUGUUGGGGGCAUCCUGGGUGGCGGUGCCCCUGAAGCUCACUCAGCUAUGGCAUCUGAUGACCAGUCAUUUGCAGAUUUGUGGGUGGACUUUCUUCUCACCGAGACAGAAAGGGAAAAGAGGGAGGCUGCCAAUAAUUCAAAUCCAGAUCAAAACUCUACAGAAACCACAUCCCCUUACGUCAAAACAUUACCUCAAGGAAACUUCUUGCGACGCGAACCUUCAGAUUCAGAGUUUUCAACGGUUCCUCUCACCUCAUCAGAAAGCAGUUUGCAAGGUUCAAGACUUCCACCGAAAUACUGAUUAUUUAUGUAAGUACUGACUGUAAAUACACAAUUUUUCCACCUGUGAUAAGCCUAAAUGUUCUUUCGAUUCUUUGUCAAAUUUGUUAUAACUGUAUGAAGAAAUCUACACAUUUAAAAUGUCUGGUUGACAUGAUGGCACUGCUCCAGAUAGACUUGUUAAUGAAUAUUACAAAUUGCGUGAAUUGUAUAUAAACGCUAUACAUAAACCAUAACACAGCAUUUUAAAUUUAUUGAAUUUUACGGUUGUAA